CGACUUACAAACAUCAAAAUAUAACCUUAUUCAUAUUGCUCAAAUGGAAAUGUUUCCUAAAGAGUAUGACCUGUUAACGAGAAAGCAAUCAUUACCAAAAAAUGGUAGGUUAACAUCACUAUCGCCUUUUCUUGAUUCAAACAACUUAAUUCGUGUCGGUGGGCGACUCAAGAAUUCCUUUUACACUUUCGAUACAAAACACCCCAUUCUACUCUGUUCCAAACACCAUCUCACUCAUUUAAUAUUUGAAAUGUAUCACUCAACAUUGUUACACGGCGGUCCGCAGUUACUAUUGGCAAAUAUAAGGCACACUUAUUGGGUUCUAGGUGGAAGAAACCUGGCAAAAAAGAUAUUGCAUAAAUGUAUGCGUUGCGCUAGAUUCAGGCCUAAGUACAUCCAGCCUAUAAUGGCCGACUUGCCAACUGAUAGGACAAACUUAGAAUUUCCUUUCAUUACAACUGGAAUUGACUAUGCCGGACCAGUGAUGAUUGCCAAUCGAAAGGGUAGAGGAUGCACAUUAUUGAAAUCAUAUAUUUUAAUAUGUGUCUGUUUUGCAGUUAAGGCCGUGCACCUGGAGCUUGUCACCGAUCUGUCUAAGGAAGCAUUCUUGGCUGCGCUGGCUCGCUUCACGGCUCGUCGGGGUAAACCCCGCUGUAUCCAUGCCGACAAUAGUACUACCUUUGUAGGCGGUUUUAAUGAGCUAAAUUCAUUUUUAUCAAAUAAUUCAGACGCAAUUCAAUCAUCAAUGAAUGAACAAGAGAUCCAAAUGGAGAAGCUCCAGAGGCCAGCUGCAAGAAGGAGACCUGGUUCUACUGAAGGACGCCUCACAACCUCCACUCCUAUGGCUCAUGGGACGCGUCACUGCCAUCGAACCAUCCAGCGACGGCCUUGCAAGAAUUGUCCAAGUCAACACGCGAAAAGGACUAUUACGCCGAGCAUAUCAAAACUUGUGCUUACUACCUAAAAAUUAGAUUUUGACUUUGUCAACGCCGGGGAGUGUUUCGUUAAUAAUUAAUUUAGUAUAUUCAUUCAGUAGAUUCAUUCAGUAGAUUCAUUCAAUCGUUCAUUCAUGUAUUCAUUCAUUCAAUUUACAUCUAUCAUGGUGGCUAGCUCGAUAUUGUGACCUUACAAUAAACCUCUGUUUAAAGUC